AUGAUAGCAACCGGUACAACUACCGACACUCUGCGUAAGCAAGACAUCCAGACGGAGCUCAACUACUGGGGAGGGACCAAUGACCCAAUAAUCAUCGACUUUGCUAAACCCGACGGAAAGGAGAAAUUCGCAGAGGCAGAAAAUCAACAAGCGAAGCACCCGGUCUUCAUCCACGACAUCCGCGGUACCAAGGAUCAGUAUACACUAGAAACACGCGGAUUCCAAUACGUCCACGACGAGGUCCCCGACUUCGACGAUUGGACCGACGAGCAAAAGGUCAUCGACACCCUUAUCCCCAGGUCGGAAGAGCUCGUCCGGAAAAUAACCGGCGCCAAAGAAACAAUAACCUUCGCCCACCGCAUCCGCUGCUUUGCGUCCGACGACGCAAAGCUAGCCGACAACCGCGCUCCAGCACACAGUGUCCACACGGACUUCACCGUGGCGGGUGCGCUGCGACAUCUCGAAACAGCGGUCCCCGACCCCGAGCGCCGCCAGCAGUUGUUAAGUGGUCGAGUCAUGAUCAUCAAUGUCUGGCGCCCGCUGAAGACCGUUCAUCGGGAUCCCCUCGCUGUUUGUGAUUGGCAGUCUACCAACCCGCAGGAUAUCAUCCCCUUUCGACUGGUCCUCCCGCAGGGUUGGAACGAGCUCAGCAAGGUGCAAUACAACAAGGAUCACCGGUGGUACUAUCUCAGCAACCAGCAGCGUGAUGAGCCGCUGGUGUUCAAGCAGUUUGAUAGUGGUAAGUUGGAGGAGGGAGGAUAUACGCUGCCGCAUAGCGCGUUCGAGCAUCCUUCCAUGACGGAGCAUGAGCCUCGGCAGAGCAUCGAGAUCAAGAUGUUUGCGUUUUUGUAG